AUGGUUGGAGAAAUCAGUGGGAAUGUCUCCUCACUGACUUUAGAAGAAAUAGGGAAGAGCAAGAACCCUAUGGACUUUUAUCGCGAGUACGUCGCUGAGAGGCUGGCUCCCUUCGUCAGUCGACCAGCGGCCGAACUUAUUCCCCUAAUCCAAUGGACCACGACUUUAGACAAAGGAGACCUCAUGCUCGCUGCCGCCGCGUUGAGGGUUAAGGGGAAGCCACCACAAGAGCUAGCAAAGGAGAUUGUCGAAGCAUUUCCCUCUACAGAAGACACCCUUGUCACGGUAUCCCAGGCAGGUCCAUUUGUGCAAUUUUUCGCCAAACCAGAACACUUGAUCAGCUUGACCAUCCCGGAAAUCCUAACCCACACGAGGGCAUAUGGCUGCAGCCCUACCCCUGGCCUGAAAGAACCCUCAGACCCCUCCAAGGGCCGAAAGAAGAUUAUCGUGGAAUUCUCAUCACCGAACAUCGCAAAAGAAUUUCACGCGGGCCAUCUCCGGAGUACCAUCAUCGGCGGUUUCCUGGCAAAGCUUUAUCAGUGCAUGGGUUGGGACGUCAUCAAGAUGAAUUACUUGGGAGACUGGGGCAAGCAAUACGGCCUCCUUGCCAAUGGGUUCAAGCAAUUCGGCAGCCAAGAGGAGUUAGACCAGAACUCGAUUGCGCACCUGUUUCAAGUGUACGUGCAGAUCAACAAGGUAAAAGAAGCCCAGGACCAGCCGAUCAACGAGCUGAAGAAGGAGAUUAAGGAGAAAAGGGACAAGGGAGAAGAUGUGACUGCGCUGGAAGCAAAACUCGCACCUCUCGUGGAAGAAAGCGAGGAUGAAAAUGCUCGAAAAUACUUCAAGAGCAUGGAGGACGGCGACGCCGAGGCUUUGGCGCUGUGGCAGAAGUUUCGGGACAUGAGUAUAAAGAAAUACCAGAACACGUACGCCCGGUUGAACAUUGAGUUCGAUGUGUACUCUGGGGAGUCGCAGGUGAAGGCCAAGACCAUCAAACAGGUGCUGGACAGUCUGCUGGCGCAGGGGAUUGCAGAGUAUUCCGAUGGUGCCAUCUUGAUUGAUUUUGCCAAGCAUGGCGCCAAAAAACUCAACAAGGCAAUUAUCGUGCGAAAGGACGGCACGCCGUUGUAUCUCACCCGGGACCUGGCUGCAAUCUUGGAGCGGCAUGACCAGUACCACUUUGACAAGAUGAUCUACGUGGUCGCGGAUCAACAGAACGAACAUCUGGCACAAUUGUUCAAGACCACCGAGAUCAGUGGGCACAAGGACGUGGCGGAGAAGUGCGAGCAUAUCUCGUUCGGGAUGGUGAAGGGCAUGAGUACCCGAAAGGGUACGGUCAAGUUCUUGGACGAUAUCAUCCAGACGGUCAAGGACACCAUGCUCGAAGUGAUGAAGAAGAAUGAUCAGAAAUAUGCACAGCUUGACGACCCAGAUGCAGUUGCCGAUGUGCUGGCCAUCACUGCCAUUAUGGUGCAAGAUUUGACAGGCAAGGUGCGGAACGGGUAUGAAUUCAACAUCAACCAGAUGACGGCGUUCGAAGGCGACACCGGUCCGUACUUGCAGUAUGCCCACGCACGAUUAUGCUCGAUUGAGCGAAAAGCCCAUGCGGACCUGGCGGCUUUGGGCUCUGCGGAUCUCUCCUUGUUGAAGGAAUCCCACGCCAUCAAUCUGGCUCGGUCACUGGCACAAUUCCCGGAUGUGGUGCUCAACACGCUCAAGACUCGAGAACCUGCCACCGUGCUCACUUAUCUGUUCAAGAUGGCGCAUGCGCUCAGUUCGAGCUACGACCAUUUACAAGUGGUGGGGAGCGAGCCUGAGCUGCAGAAGGCUCGGUUGGCACUGUACGAGGCUGCCCGACAAGUGCUGUGGAAUGGCAUGACUCUGCUGGGGUUGACCCCGGUGGAGAGGAUGUAA